UACUCGUAAAUGUUGCUUUAAAUAUGGAGCUGGAGCUAGAUCUAGUUGAUGCUUGGCCAUGGAUCUUUACAAUUCUUGUUGGACUGAUUGCUGUUGUCCUGAUAAAGCAAAAGUGGAGCUCCAGAAAUGAACCUCCAGGUCCUUGGGGCCUACCAGUAUUGGGCUACCUACCCUUUCUGGGGCGAAAGAUGAAUCUGACCGUCAACAAUCUGUAUAAGAAAUAUGGAGAAGUAAUAUUUCAGCUGAAAAUGGGUAGUCGAAAAAUUAUUGUGAUCAGUGGAGAGAAAGCCAUUCGAGAGGCUCUCUUGGAUUGUGGUACUAUCUUCGCUGGAAGACCUGAUUUCUACUCGUAUGUUAGAAACGACUCCUUUGCGUUCUUUGAUUUUUCUCCCACAUAUCGUGCGUGCAGAAAGAAUACAAUGAAAUCGCUGAAUGAAUUUGUUAAAUCACAACAUAAAGAGCUGCAGGGUAUUGGACAGAAUGCUGCUACGAUGUUUAUGCGAGAAGUCAAAAACUUUAACGGCCAACCUUUCAAUCCAGAACCUCUUCUUUUCCGUGUGACAUGUACUAUUAUAGGCUAUGUUUGCUUUCAUAAGAAGUUGGAUGCGAAUGACAAGGAUGUCACUGCUAUUCUUGAGCUAGGAAAGCAGUUUGGAGACUUUGUAGGUUUUGGAGUGAUCUGUGACUUUUUACCUUGGGCGAAAUUCCUUUUUAAAACAAAGCUGCAAAAGUAUGAAAGGUUUAUGAAAGAGAUGGCAGAUUAUUCUGACAAAGUUUUCCUGAGUCAAAGCCAUGAGAGAAGUACUGGUGAUGCUAUGGUUGACAUUUUCCACAGGAUAAGUGAAAAAACGAUUGAUGGUGAAAAUAUUUUGUUCAAAUUUGAUGAGCCUACCGUGAGAAAACAAGUGCAUUCCUUGUUUGGUGCUGGAUUUGGAACUAGUGCAGUUACACUGAAAUACAGUUUGAUGAUGAUGGCUCUCUAUCCCGAUGUUCAGAGGAAACUUCACGAAGAGCUUGAUCGUGUAGUGGGUAAGAAUCGUUAUCCGGAAUUUACUGACAAAGGGGAUUUGCCUUACACUAUGGCUGUAGUAACAGAGAUCAACCGACACUACUCAAUGACUGCUCUAAGUGUGACACAUGCAACAACUUGUGAUACUGAAUUCCAUGGAUACCCACUUGCUAAAGGCACUCCGGUUAUUUUCAACUACUACUCCAUCAAUCGAAGUGAUGAUGUCUUCAAGAAUGCUGACAAGUUUGAUCCUGAGCGGUUUCUAAAAGAAGAUGGAUCAUUUGACGCUGCUUUGGCUGCUCGAGUGAUAACAUUUGGACUUGGUCAGAGGCGCUGUGCUGGAGAAGAGCUUGGUCGUUUUCAGUUGUUUUUGUUUUUUGCAACUCUUCUACAGCAGUGUACGAUUGAGGAGUCCCCAGCCCACCCCCUGGAUACUGAGGAUUACACUGUGACUUUUGGAAUAAUGCACGGUCCAAUCAAAGUGAUAGUUCACUCAAGAAUGGAGGAUUGACCAACAGUUCAAUGAAUGUAUAUUAUUUACACAGAUACGUAGCUAUAGCCAUGUGGUUUGUAUUUAUUGCCUUACUUGGAGCUAGUCAUGUGAUUUGUUUUUUAGUCUAGAUUGUUUUUAUUUUUGUAUGUGGAUCUGUGGUAAUGCCUUCAUUCUAAUCAUUA